AUGGCUCUGGCAAUUUAUAGGAAGGCGUAUGGCUACUCAAAGGUGGAGAAGGAAGACCCAGAAGACAUAAAGCACAGAAGAGCACAGUUCUUGAUCUACAAGGUGAUGGAGAAAGCUGAUCACGGUUACUAUUAUUCUCGUCGAAGAAAACCAAAAUCAUCGUCAUCGUCGUCGUGGUCGUUAAGGAUCAGAAUAUCGAAGCUGAAGGUGAAAAUAGGAAAGAGACUGAGGAGAUUCAAGAAGAGGAUUCAGUCCACUGUUUCUUCUGCUAAAUCUGGGUUUCAUGGACACCUCAUGGCUCACUUGAAAACCGUGAAGAAUAUCAUAAGCCUCCCUCCUUUGUUCAAGUGA